AUGGCCGAGGAGAAGAAUGCCAUACCCGUUAUGAUGGAAGAGAAAAAUGAAGCUGCCACCGAAAACGCACCUCCAGUCUCUGCUUUUGCAACGUUGACUCGAGCCCAGGCCGUGAGGACGUUUUGGCGAUUGUACAUAACCGGACUGGGUGUCUCUGUGGCCGGACUAUACGCUGGAUAUGCAAAUGCAGUCAUAGGAAGCAUUGUGGCCAACCAGGGCUUCAUCAACCAAUAUGGGACCGUCAAAAACCCAAAGACUGGAAAGAUUGCACUCAGUGCAACUCACAUUGCUCUUUGGGGUGCGAUCUAUUUCGUGACGGCCAUUUCCAUCCAGACUAUCGGCCCAAUGACGGCUGAUCGGUUCGGACGCAAAUUCAACAUGUGGCUCAUUACGCUUUUCAUUACCCUGGUAAGCACACUACAAUCCAUCAUCAUCCAAUGCAUCUCGAAGACCUGGUGGGAAAUCCUCAUCGCGCGUACGAUCGCAGGUUUUGCCGGCGGACUUAUGGGUACAUCUUGUAUGGUAUACAUGUCAGAAAUUGCCCUACCGCAAUUUCGUGGGGCUUUGCUGGCCGCUUUCUCCAUGGCCUUCGCACUUGGUCAAGUGUUUCUUGCCACAGGUUUGAAAGUACUUGAGGACACUGAGCCUUUGGCAUUCCGGCGAAUUUUCUUUUCCGAGUUCGUGUUCACUGGUCUUUGGCUCAUCCCAGUACUUUACAUCCCAGAAUCACCAGCAUGGUAUUGUAGCAAAGGACGUGAUGAAGACGCCAAGAAGUCUCUUCGCAGACUCAUUGGUAAUGUGGAAGGCUACGACGUGGAAUUGGAAUAUUCAGUCUUAAAAUACGAGACAGUAAAGUCCAAAGAGCUUGCUGACGCCGUAGGAACCAGUGAUUGGAAAGCACUCUGCACCAGGCUCAACAUCAAACGCUGCAUCGCCGCGACAUUGCCAUUCACAUUCCAAAAUGUUUGCGGUGUUCCGCUGAUGUUUGGGUAUACAGUAUAUUUUUUCCAACUGGCUGGUGUAAAGGAUCCUUUCUUGGGAAACCUCAUCAAACAAAUGGUACUGAUCGUUGGAAUAUUGACAUCUUUCUACACCGUCGACCGCAUUGGCCGAAGGAAUCUGGUUCUUGGCGGGGGUGCUGCCAUGUGUACUCUCAACGCUGUUGUUGGUGGUCUCGGAUUCAUGAAGCAAAACAACGCAUCUGGAGUUGCGCUUGUUUUCCUCUGCUCGCUCUGGGCUUUCGUCUAUGCCAACACUUUGGCGCCCAUAGGGUGGAUCAGUCUGGUCGAGAUGUCUAGCCCUCGUCUACGUGCAAAGACUACGUCUGUUGCUGUUACGAUUCAGUAUCUUACAGGCAUUUUAUUUAGUUAUACAGUUCCCUUGAUGCUCUCUGAACAGAACGCCGGUUGGGGACAAAAGACGGGACUUUUCUUUGCUGGGACCACUGCUGUAUAUCUCAUCCCUUGUAUAUUGCUUUUCCCCGAAACAAAAGGGCGCACCUACAAUGAGCUCGAUGAGCUAUUUGAACGUCGCAUCCCCGCUUGGAAAUUCGCCACGACUAAAACGGCGUACAAUGAGGAGGUCGAACAUCAAGAGGAAACAAAAUAG